GGGCGGGGCUCGGUCUCUGACGCGGGGGGGGGGCGGUGGCUUGUCCCGGUGACGUCGGCGAGAGCGGUGUCGUCAUCGCCAUUCCUUUGCCGGAGAGGAAGCGCAGCCUCUUUUCUCUUUUAGCGAAGACGCCGGCUCCUGCCAUUAAGACGCCGCCGCCGCCGCCGCAUUCCGAAGCCCCGCAGGAUGAAGAUCUGGAGUUCGGAACACGUGUUCGGACAUCCAUGGGACACUGUAAUAAAAGCUGCUAUGCGAAAGUACCCCAAUCCCAUGAACCCAUCUGUGGUAGGAGUCGACGUUCUGGACCGAAGUCUUGAUAGUCAGGGACGGUUGCACAGCCACCGACUUCUGAGCACUGAAUGGGGGCUGCCGAGUAUUGUUAAAGCUAUUCUGGGAACAAGUAGAACUGUUACAUAUAUUAAAGAACAUUCUGUGGUAGAUCCAAUGGAAAAGAAAAUGGUGCUGUGCUCAACGAAUAUUACACUUACAAAUCUUGUAUCAGUCGAUGAACGAUUAGUCUAUACGCCUCACCCUGAAAACCCUGAAAAAACUGUGCUAACCCAAGAAGCAAUUAUUACAGUGAAAGGUGUUAGCCUCAGCAGUUAUUUGGAAAGCUUAAUGGCAAGCUCAAUAUCCUCCAAUGCUAGAAAGGGUCGAGAAGCCUUGGAAUGGGUGAUUGGCAAACUGAACACAGAGUUUGAGGAACUAACUUCAUCCACGCGAGGGAGUGUGAAGGCAGCAAUGGCAGCAGCUUCAAUGGAGAAUUGAUGGACUGUAACAGAGAACUUUAUUUUUUCAUUAGAUUUUUUUUGCCAAGAUGGAUACUCCAUAGUUUUUUAUAUAUUUGUUUAUAUUAUGAGAAUUUUACAGGCUAGAAGUUACAUUUCCCUGUAAAAUGAUUGGCCUCUUAGGCAUCUAUUUGUUCACAUUACAGAUGAAAGCAACUGUCAUUUUUUUAGUUAAAAUUUUCCAUGUAGCGACAAUAGCCUGGCUUCUCCAAAUUACGGUGACCUCAUGUCCCACUAAAGUGAAUAGAUGCUCAUCAGAUAUAUUAUUACCAAACUGUGCCUUGAUCAGAUAGCUAGAGAACAGAGUUUCCAAUUUAUACCGCAUUUUAUUGUGCUUAAUACUUAAUAUUUAUUUAUUUUUUUAAAGCGCAGCUGAAGUUGUUCUGUAAAGAACACUUAGGUACAUAAGCACUGGAAAUUUUGUCAGUCUCCAAAGACUAGUUCAGAGAAAGAGCAAGGGCAUCACAGAGAUGGUUGACCAGGAAAGCUUACUCUGAGAUAGUUUACCCAGUUUUGCUGGGUAAAGGCCUCUUUGCUCUUUGAGGCGCUUGAUCAAGCCACACUGAAAUGAAGGUUAAUGAAGCAGAAUGGUUGUUUGGGUGGGUUGUGUCCUCAGUCGAAGGUCUCUGGUCCCUGCAUGAAGCUUCGUCUUCCUCUUCUUGGACUGUUCAAUUACAGAGUCUGAACAAAAUAUGUAAUACUUGACCUCUAGUAUUUAUAAUCAAACCACUGAUAAAGGCAGAGUUCCAGCUAUUAUGCUGGAGUUAAACAUCUUUGAAUCUUUAAAAAAAAUUGUAGGCAUGCUCAUCAGUGUAUAUUCACUCUGGUGCAUUGCUUUCUAUUUACAGUUUCUUCCAACCAACAUUUGGAGUCUCGGUUGCUUAGCUCCUUUCUUAAUUUACACAAUAGAUUUCAAGACUGUGACAGACCCAUUCCUUGCCAAGCCCAUUUCAUGCUCUGUUUCAGGUUUUCUGAAGGAGCCUGCUUUAUGCUUGAAGGGAGUAUGACAUGAAGAACAUACUUUGCAGACCCGGUACUUUUGCCCAAGCCCAUUCCAACUUAGUGGAUCUUUCUUCUAAGUAAUGCAUUUCAAUAAGGCCAAAUGGAACACGUGUCAGACUCAGUUGUGGCGACUAUAGGCCUGCAUAGUUCAUGCAGAAUGCUACUUAAAAGGAAAAAUAAGAAGGAAGGUAAAACUUUAUGGUAUCUAAACCUUUCUAGAAGCUUAUUAGAUAUGUGAAGCUCAUAAUGAGUAGUUUUAAAAGAAUAUAAUUCUGUUAAUACAUCACUAUUGAGUCCAGCAAUAAGUGUACAAUAGAAAGGUUGGCAAUAGUUUAAUGAGCUUCCAAGCAUUCUGUCAUUCAAAAAUAAAUUGGAGGGAGAAGAAAAGGCGAUCCACAGAGACAAAAAUGUCAAGAAUGAGACUGAAUUGUCUGCUUAUAGCCAGCAGCAUGAAAAUACUUCAUUAAUUCCUUUGAACUGUGCCUCUUUAGAUUUAGAAAGGGAAAAAUGGGUGUUGAAUGCUAGCAAGAAAUCAAGGAGAGAGGGGCUGAAAUUUUUUUGCCGAUUUGUUUAGCCUUGGAAAAACCUAGAGCAAGGUCCAAGGGUAAUACCAAAAUUCCAUCAUAAGCAGAACUCUCUCACUGCAAGCACAGCAGUGUGCUAAAGUAAUAAAGAGAUCAUGCAACCAAACUAGAUGAACUGUCUGUGUUAUAAGUGGAAUAUACUGAUUUUUUACCCUAGCCUCCCCACUCAUGCUCAUCAGUAUGACUGAUUUUAAAGACAAUGCGAUAUCUGUUUUAUCAAAAAGAACCGGGUAACCUGAAUGAGACCAAAGCACGCUUUGUGCCAAGAUGUUUCCUUAAAGGGAAGUUGUGUUGUGUUGGGUUACAAAUGCCCUACCCUCCACGGAGGGCAUCAGGUCCAUCAUGGAAGAGGUGUAGUGGCUGUAACACUGGGAGCCAAAGUCUAGCAUUUCAUCCCAUGAAUGGACUAGUUAGCAAAAAGCUAACUGAUCUUCAUCCGCAUACCAUCUUAACUCUCUUUCCUUCACUAUCAGCUGCUUGGUCGCUUUCUGUAAUAAUUUCCACUUCUGUGUUCUAGGGUGGUCAUGCUUUCGCCAUAAGCUGCUUGCUGCGGAAUUUUGCAUAUGAACUCUCUUGUGACUCCAGCUCCAUAGUUUGUUGGGCAGCCUCUUGUUACCCUGCUCUCUGAAAAUCUCUCCUCUCAUUCUCUGGCUCCCUUGUGAGUCUGCUGCCACCUUACACUGAACAAGCAAGCCACGUACGGGAAAAGUUAGGGGCCCUCUGGUUCCUUGUUGACUGUAUCAGAUCUAUUUCCCCCCCUUUUUUUAAUUUAACAUUUUAUACAUAAUACAAACCAACAAAUUUACGAACAUUCACCAAACAAACCAAACUACAUAAAAUAUUUUUGAAAGCUUUUGUGGUAGAUACCCAACUCAAUACUGACCACUGUAAUCUUGUAAUACGGUUUUGCCCAUACUACCUCUAGCAUAGUUGUCCUUGCUUUUGUCUCUCUUCCCUUCAUAUUAAGGCACCGCUUAUGAAAGACCACCGGCUGCCAGCGGAGCAGAUGUUGGUGUCCCCCCCCCCUUCAAAAUGAAUCAUGAGGGUGGGGAGAGCCAAUUAAGGCUCAGUACAGGAAUGCGGCGGAGGACCGGAGGGCCUGGCGGGAGCUGGUCCAUGGGGUCGCGAAGAGUCGGACUCGACUGUGCGACUG